UCGUGAGUGUUUGUGGGCACGUCUUGCCUUAGCAAGCGGGACCGCCCGACGUGCUGACGUCACAUCAGGAAAACGAAACAAACAGUCGGAGUUUCCCGAGAAGUCAGAAACUCCGAAAGUCAGAAAUCAGCCGGUGUCAGCUUUUACGAAAGCCGCAUCUUGGAUUGGAGGACAGCUGGUCGUCCCCGCCGUGUCUCCACCUCUGAACUGAUUUAUCUCUCUUCGGGCUCCGAAAACGACCACCGGACCGACCUGAGCCGAACGAACCGAACCUGCAUCACUAAACAGAAAUGGCUCACUCAAAACCACUGCUGAUCCCAUGGCUCAAGUCCAGCAUCGACAGUGAGAGGUAUCCAGGUGUCCAUUGGACCAAUCCUGAGCAAACCGAGUUCUGCAUCCCAUGGAAGCACGCGCUGAGACAGGACUCCUCCAAUGAGGAUGUUCUCAUCUUUAAGGCCUGGGCGGAGGCGAGUGGGAACGGCCGGGCUCAGGGAGACCCCUCAGUCUGGAAGAGGAACUUCCGGAGCGCCCUGAGAGCAAAGGGCUUCAAAAUGGUGUCCGACAACAAGAACGACACCGCCAACCCACAUAAGGUCUACCGCUGGCCGGAGGAGUCGGCGUCAGGAGCCCGAUCUUCCUCUGGAUCCCAGGAGCAAGAAGACGGAAAUGAUCUGAACGGCUAUAAUCCCCAGGGGAGUGGGGUUGUGCCAUUCUUUAAUGCACCUAUUUAUAAUCCAGAGGACAUUCUGAUCCCAGCAGAAUGCCCAGGCAGCCAGGACAUCCUCCAGGAGUGUCUGAGAGGACUGAACAUCGGCCCUGGAGCAGAGGACACCACGGGCUUUCAGCCUCCUACUGAGCAACAGCAGCUGCAGGAUCAGCUCGUGAUUGGUGCGCACCCGUUGCCUGAGCAACAGCAGGAUCCAGUGAUGUUUGAGGGUGCAGCCCGUGAAACUGGGUUGCCAGAGCAACCGGCACGUCCAGCGGGUGGGGGAGCGGCGGAGGGGGCGGGCUACGGCGACGGGCAGCAGGCAGCGCAGUUCCUAGAAACGGUGAACCAGACCAGAGAUGGAGAUCAUUUCAAGACUCAUUUCAGGGUGACUGUGUUCUACAGAGGGGUGAAGGUUUCUGAGCAGGAGGUCCCCAAUGAAGCUGGACUCCGUUUAGUUUACAGGCCUGAUCUAAACGACGCAGUUUUGGAUCCUGAGACGGGCCUCUCCAUCAUCUCUCUGCCGUGCCCAGUAGGCAUCCUGGAUCACACCCAAGCCUCUCUGACCCAAAAGAUCCUGGACAACCUGGGCAGCCUGGAGGUGGGCAUGUCGCAGCGCGUGAUCUACGGCCAGCGGCACGGCGAGGUCAAAGCCUACUGGAGCUUCUCCAAGUUUGACAGCAGCAGACAGCCGCGUGAGAUUUCUAAACUGAAUCCUGAGCCUCUUUACCAGGUGAAGGACUUCAUCCGAGGAUUAAUUGACUUUUUUGAGAAGAAGGAAUCCCCACCAUCCUCCAUGUUCUUCUGUCUCGGGGAAAAGUGGCCUGACCUGGAAAACAGGCCUUGGGAGAAAAAACUCAUCAUGGUGGAGGUGGUUCCGACUUCAAUGGAGCUUCUGAAGAACAUGGCUGUUGAGUGUGGCGCCUCCUCCCUGCAGUCUGUGGAACUGCAGAUGUCACUCGAGGAAAUGAUGGAUCUUUACUGAGUUUUUUUCCCCUCUUUCAAUGUCAGAACAUUUCAGUUUAUUAUGUUUUUAUUUGACACCAAACAGAUCCUGCAGAAAUAAUCACCACAUUGUCCCGCUGCGUUAGCUGAGAUAGCACAAAGUCAAGCACAAGACUAUAAAUAUCUUUGGUUUUCUCCUUUAUCUUUGUAUUUUGAUACACAAAAUGCAUAAUUUAUAAGAUUUAUUUGAGUUCCUUCAAACAUGUGGCAUUUUAAAAAUAAUUUCUAGCAAUGAAAACAUCCACACAGAUUCUAAUUCACUCAUUAUAUUCUUCUGAUUAUGAUUUUAUUUCUUAUUUACUACAAAAUACAAUAUAUAUUUAUAUAUGUAUUUUUUGUUUCUAACUGUUUUCAUCUGAGUUUUGUCUUCAUCUGGACCCAUUUGUUCCUGUUUUUUUUUUUUUAUAAAACGGUUUUCCUUUCUUUUGUGGCCCUUUCUUGUUUUACAUUUGCAUUUAUUAAAUGCUGUGUUCUCCUGUUUUUCCCAUUUUGAACUGCCUUAUGAUAAUUUAGCAUGAGGGAAACAUAAUGUCAUGAAUAACUAAUAAAAAAUUCACAGAUUGUCUUUUCUACCUAGAAGAACGGAUUAGGAAAUGCUUCAUUAGUCCAUUUGAAUUUAGUGUGCAAGUUAACUAAUUUAGGCCACUAGGGGGCGGCACAUUUCUAAUAUUAGCCUUGCUGUGUGCUGAAUAUGCAUCAACAGGCAAUAGUGGUACAUUUCAAGAUUGUCUUUUAUUUCAAUGUGGGAUUGUGAUGCUGCAAAAAAAUGUGAAUUUGUCUCAAUGUGUUUACAAAACCUGCUUCAGUUUUAUACGCAUCUGCGCUCCAUCAUAUCCCGUUGUAUGAAAUAAUUGCUGCAACCUGUUAACUUCAUCUCAUGUUUGUAAUCUUGGCUGAUCAAGAAACACUGGCUAACUUUAGAAAGUGCCAUCUUUUUAAUACACAGAAAACAAACUGCAAUCAAAACACUGAUGUCACAAUCAUAACGAAACUGAUUUCUUCUCAAGAACUACAACACAAAUAAGAAGUGAAAUCUGAAGUCAGACCAAUGUGAAAGCUGCUGAACAUCUUGGUUUUUUAAAUCCUUUUUAUCCGUCUGUCACUGACCAACAAUUUAAUCUUUUGUCCUCUUUGUUGUUCCAGUCAGAACAUCCCAUUGCUGUAUGCAAUGAAAUGUUUACAAACCAAAUCAAUAAAGUGGAUUAAUGAG